AUGUUUAAGUUCUGGGCUUUCCUCUUGGAUCUGUUUCUGAAUUGGUACUUUUGCCCAGUGGCUCUUUUCCCUUUACCUGGCGGCUAUUGCUCGAUGACUUGCUUGAUGGCGUGGACCCCGCAAUGGACGAGAUGGCCUGGAACGGUGACUACUUUGUUGAUUCUCGAGAAUUGCUCCGUCUCUUUGGUGAUCUCAUUUCUGUAUCGUUGGUGGGCGAUCGAGCCGACUGUUUGGUUUGCGAGAACGCCUAGGCACAUGAUUGGAACCUGCGUCUUCUGCCAUCUCACGAUUAUCAUCCCAAAUGCAAGCAUCGUUUCACUGGCUAAACAACCAAUGGAAUGGCAAUUUGCAUACAUCGUUAAGAAUUACCCCGAUUAUUCCUUCAUGGUCAACUACUCGAACUGGAUGGUUUUCCCGCUAGAAACGGUCGGCACUGGUGGUCUGAUGGUGUUCAUCUUGUGGAUGUGGGCAUUUGGAAUUGUGUUGAUGUUGGGUGUGGCUGGCUUUGGGAUCGUUCAAGUUCUCGUCGCGCUACGGAAAUACCAGGCGUUGAUGAGCCAAAACAGUUACAAAUCUCAUCGACAAUUCCUCAUUGCGCUCGUCAUUCAGGCUGUUUUCCCAUUCACCGUUUAUUUUCUGCCGGUCGCGAUGGCGAUGAUGAUUUUGGUGCUCGGAUAUAACGAUAUACAAAAUAUCACGUACUACAUGGUGGCUGUUUUCUGUAUGCACUCGAAUGUGAACGCUUUCGUGAUGAUUCUUGUGACGAAACCGUUCCGAAACGGAAUCCUCCAAGCGAUACCCUAUUUGAAUAAGCGAUUCAUUGAAGUGUCUUCGGUGCAAAACUCGCAAAAUGGCUUGUCGAGAGCGUUGGCUGAAGAAGCUUCUGGGUAU